AGGUCGGGUCACGAAGCAAGAUGGUGUUAACUAGACGAGCGGUCCGUUUUGCGAGGUUUUUGAAACAUUGCACUGUGAAAACAUCAACAGUGAACGAUCUAUGCAAGUGGGAGAAGUGUAUAUUUAAUCUCGACAAACGUGCAUUCAGUACCACAAGAUGUGUCAGGCUCUACGACAACGCAUUUUCACGAUCUACACAGCAACCGGACGAAUACUGGGCCGAAGCAGCUGAACAGAUAACUUGGCAUAAGAAAUGGACAAAAGUCUUAGAUGACAGUAAUUCCCCAUUCACUAAAUGGUUUGUUGACGGGGAGCUGAACAUCUGCUACAAUGCUGUUGAUCGGCAUGUGGAAAGCGGGCAUGGAGAAAGGACAGCCAUUAUACACGACAGUCCAGUCACCAAGUCAAUCCAGAAGAUCACUUUCAAGGAACUCAAACGAGAGGUAGAAAAGUUUGCGGGUGUGCUGCGGAAGUAUGGUGUGGAGAAGGGUGACCGAGUGUUGAUCUAUAUGCCGAUGAUCCCGGAGGCUGUGGUGGCCAUGUUGGCCUGCGCCCGUCUAGGGGCUAUACAUUCCCUGGUGUUUGGAGGAUUUGCUUCUAAAGAACUCGCAACUCGGAUCCACCAUUCAGAGGCUAAGGUAGUUGUAAGCGCCAACUGUGGAGUGGAGCCGUCGCGCGUCGUCCCGUACAAGCCCAUGCUUGAUGAGGCCAUCAACCUCAGUGAGUUCAAGCCACAGAAGUGCAUCAUCUACAACAGGCCUGGGUUUGAGGCUGCAGCCAUGACACCUGGGAUGGAUGUGUCCUGGCAGGAGGAAAUGACCGUGGACUACUCUGUCGACUGCGUCCCCGUGUCGGCCAUGGACCCCCUCUACCUCCUGUAUACGUCGGGCACCACGGGGCUCCCAAAGGCUGUUGUUCGGCCCACGGGAGGAUAUGCUGUCAAUCUGAAGUGGUCAAUGUACAGCGUGUAUGGCAUGAAUCCAGGAGACGUGUGGUGGGCGGCGUCUGACUUGGGCUGGGUGGUUGGACAUUCCUACAUCGCCUACGCUCCUCUGCUCAACAACAACACAACAAUUAUUUUUGAAGGUAAGCCAGUAGGAACGCCGGAUGCCGGGACAUUCUUCCGUCUGUUACAGGAACACGGUGUCAACGGAAUGUUCACCGCACCCACAGCACUCCGAGCUAUCAGAGCAGAGGAUCCUGAAGGAAAACUAUUGAGACAAUAUUUACCUCUAGAAAACUUCCGGACGUUGUUUGUGGCUGGGGAACACAUGGACCCCGAGACGAUGAUGUGGAUCCAGGAGAUCAUCAAGAAGCCCAUCCUAGACAACUGGUGGCAAACAGAGACAGGGUCGCCGAUCACGUCUACGUGUGUUGGUCUCGGCAUGCAGUUGUAUCCUCCUUCAGGGGUUGCUGGGAAACCGGUGCCAGGAUGGAAUGUGAAGGUACUGAGGGAAGAUGGGAGUGAGACAGAGCCAGAAGAACUCGGCCAGAUUGCUGUCAAACUGCCUCUCCCCCCCGGCUCCUUCUCCACACUAUGGAUGGCCGACCAGCGCUUCCGAGAAACUUACUUCACCAAAAUACCCGGUUACUACGACACAAUGGACGCAGGUUUCCGAGACGAGAACGGCUACAUCGCUGUGAUGGCAAGAAGUGAUGAUGUCAUCAAUGUCGCAGGUCACAGGAUCUCGGCAGGGGCACUCGAAGAGGCUAUCCUGGAGUGCGAGGAUGUCGUGGAGUCAGCUGUCAUCGGUGUCCCCGACUCUCUCAAGGGGCAGAUCCCAGUGGGCAUCUGCAUCAUCAGGCAGGGCCUGGAGAAGGCUGGUGAGGAUGUGAUACGAGAUGUGAUUCAGGCAGUGAGAGAGAAGAUCGGACCGGUCGCCGCCUUCAAGAAAGCUGUCAUCGUACCCAAACUUCCCAAGACACGCUCUGGGAAAGUCGCACGGAAUACCAUGGCAGCAAUGGCGGCUAACAAGCCCUACAAGAUCCCUGCUACGAUUGAAGACGCCUCCGUCUACCCACAGAUCAAGGCCGCUCUACAGACGAUUGGCUAUGCCACCGGAGACUGAAAGUCCUGUACAGGGGAACCUUGUUACAGUAGACACUUGUUACAAUGGACCUUUGAUAUUGUGGACCCAUUUAUUUUAGAGAUUGUUACAAUGGACCUUUGAUAUUGUGGACCUUUUUGAUAGUAGACCUUGGUAUAAUAGACCCUUUUACAGUUAAACCUUGCUACAGUGGACUCUCAUUAAAGUGGACUCUUGUUAUUUAUUUAAAAGUUUGCAUUAUUGAAGCAUAAACAAGCUCAGGACAGUUUUUAUGUAGUACUUGGGUUUACAGACUAUUUCCCUAAAGUUUUGUUUGAAAAGAAAUUGGAAAAGAAAUAUGGAUAACAUGCAUUAUUUUAAAGGAAGUUCUUGUCAUUUGGGUGAAGUAAAUCAGAAAAUAUUAAAUAGAAUAUAAAAUAGUGUUUAGGGGGAGUGGCCAUUGUUCCUUUCAUUAGGAUCUGUAUGAAGUUUUUGUGGUUACCAUGGCUAUCAGACUCUGCCCAAGGCAAAAAUGCCGCCAUAUAUAUCUUUUAUUCUAUAUUGGUGAAACUUAGGGAUGGCAGAUCUGUAAACUAAGUACUUACAAAUUAUAGAACUGCAUACAUAUUUUCCAUCCAGUAUUUGGCAUAUUUUGUCACUGGACUUCAGUAUAUAGAUCUCAGAUUAUGGUAUAUGCCGCACUGGGACCAACUCAGAGAUUAGCCUGAUGGGAAUAUAUUGUAGUUUCAAAUACAGUCAAGUCCCGCUAAUCUGACAUGGUUGGUUGCAUAUGAUUAUGUCGGAAUAACGAGUAUGUUGGAUAAACAAAUUAAGUAGUAUCAAAAGUUAGUGAUUGAAAAUCGGACAACUACACAAUACAUUACAAUACAAACAUGUAAUAAAUAAAUGGAAAAUGAAAUAUUCAUAUUCAUUAUACAUUGUUAGUGGAAUAUGUAUUUUAAUCAUACAACCUCUAAAGCUAAACACAAAACUACAGUUACUGACUGUAUGACUGUUUCAAAAUUCUUUAAAAAACAUAGUCUGGAAUAGAAGUCGCCAGUUUGACUGAGUUCGUUCUGACGUGACCUGUAAUGGGAUGUCCUCAGCGGUAGCGAGAACUUGUAUCUG